AUGAGUCACUGCCACGACGAACACUGCGAUCACGACCACGACGACUUGCCAGAGUCUGGCGAGCAGUUCUUACUAUUCUCCAAGAUUGACAUUGAUAAUGUGCGUUGCCUGAAUGAAAGUGAACCUGAUAGUGGAAAAUUAGUCAUUCGACCCUGGGACGAAAGACUGGAAGAUUCAAAGUUUGUUGAAAGUGAUGCCGAUGAGCAGUUGAUCUUUUACAUUCCCUUUACAGGAAGCGUUAAGCUACGCUCUAUCUGCCUGCGUACUGACCGCUCUGACGCCGCGCCUUCCAGAAUGAAAGUAUUUAUCAAUCGAGAUGAUGUGGACUUCGAUGCUGCUGACAGUUAUACACCCACCCAAGAGUUUGAGCUUGUAGAAGGCUCUAAUGAAGUUGUGGAAUAUGGCACCAAAAUUACCAAAUUCUCAAGUGUUCGAAGUAUCACACUAUUUUUCCCCGAGAACUUUGGCGAUGAUACUAGCAUUGUGCGAUUCAUUGGAUUUAAAGGCGAGUGGACUGAGGUCAAGCGUGAUCCAAUCAUCACAGUGUAUGAAGCAAAUGCCAACCCAGCAGAUCAUAAAAUUCCAGGCGCAGAGGAUAAGAUGGAUCAUUCAGUCCAGUAA